AUGAAGAACGCUUACUGUGAGGACGGAGGAGUAAAACUUGAAGGCACCCAAAUGGUGGGAACUUCGUCGUACGUAUACCUCGAACGUGCUAUGAACAUGGAAAACGACUUGAAGGAAGAAAUGAAUAGAAGAAUGAGAGCAGCAUGGGCAGCAAUCGCACCCGCCAGGGAAGUUACGGGUCAACUGACGGACCAAGAUCUUCGUGCCCAUCUAUUUGACUCGACAGUUCUUCCAACGCUCUGUUAUGCAGCGGAGACGUGGGCAGAUACCGCUGCCACGUCUAGGAAGCUACUUACUACCCACAGAAGCCUUAAUAGAUGUCUUCUGAAGUUUAACCAGCGUACACAACAUCUAGCCGGUCUUCGCAGCUCCGACUUAAGAGGAAUGCCGCGUAUUCGCGACAUAGCGGAAUAUGUAUCGAAAGCAAAGCAUAGAUGGGCCGGUCACAUCAUGGGAAGAAUCGACGACUGA